AUGAGGCUCCCCGGGACAUACGGCACGUACUUCCGUGCAGCUCUCAAUGGAACCAGUGUUGCGAUCAAGAUAUCCUAUUGUUCGAACGACAAGAUCGGGGCGAUCUACAAAAAGGAAGCUGAGAUUGUGAAGUUGGCCGACAACAAGCACGUCAGUGUCAAGUCCAAACUCGUGGCGAGAUGGACAGACGACAACGUGCUUGGCCUGUCCGAAGAGAUUGUUGCACCUUUGAUGGCCAACGUCGCGGAGGCCUUCAUCUAUCUGCAUGAGACACAGGGUCUUGCCCAUCGGGACUUGAAAGCCGAAAACGUGGUGGUAGAUGCCUCUGGUCUGGCGAAGGUGUGCGACUUUGGCCAAAGUUUCUGCUUGCAAGACGGCCUGGAGACGUAA